UUAACUAAUUCUCUUGUGUUUCUAUAAGUAAUCUUUUUAUCUAAUCUUUAUAAUUAAUUUCUUAUUCUUUCAAAUUUAAAUUUAAUCAGUUAACUAUCGGUAAAAAUUCAGAAUAUUUAAAGUUACAUUAUUGGUGUGAUUCUUUUGUGUCGUUGGAUUAGUGAUUCCAUUUCCAGAUAAUUUAGCUUUUUUUUCAUUGGAUUUAGUUUCGGUUAAUUAAACAUGUUGAUUAAUGAUUUAAAUGAUGACUGUUUACUGUUAAUAUUCAGUUAUAUUAAUGAUUUCUAUGAUCAACUCAAUAUAUCCCAAGUUUGUUCAAGGUGGUCAAGCCUAUUGUCCAUUAGAUACAACAGAAAGAAAUUACUAUUGUGUUGGUCUAGUUACUCUGGUCCGGAUGAGGUUGAAUAUAUUACAAGAGCUCCAAAUUUUAUAAGGAACAAUAUUACUCGGUUAUUACCAAGUGUCCAGCUUUUGGAUGUUAAUUUUAAACAUCAUCGUGAUUUAACCAUUGAUAAACUUAAUGAAAUUGGACAGAACCAUUUAAAUAUCAAGGGAAUCGUUGUUCAAAAGGGUUGCAUUGAUUUGUUCCUGUUGUUGUGUUUUCCCAACAUUGAAAUGCUCGUUUGCUCUUAUCUUUUACAUAAUAAGAAUUAUCCGUUUGACAUUAGUAAAUUGAGGCAAUUAUACAUUCGUAAUGGAUCGUUAAAAGUGUUAUCAAGAUAUGGCCGAAGUUUAAACAAUUUACAAAGACUUCAUUUAUAUCAAGGUCAACACUUUGAAGUUUAUUCUGGUGAAAUUAUACCAAAUCUUAGGAUACUUGAAUAUGAUUCAGAAAAUGAUAGAGAAUUAGAAAACGAUUUUGAUGGCUUUCACUUUAUGGAUUUCUGUCCAUCGCUGGAAAGUGCUUACCUUGCCCAUCGUAGCAAGAAAUGUAUCAUGGAUUCUAAAAACUUAAACCUCAAUUUACGUGAUCUUGUCAUUCUACAGAAAUUGGAAAAUCCCUACGAGGAAUGUUUGCCGUAUUCCGACAUUUUUGCGAAAUUUCCGAACCUGGUGAAUCUUGCGAUCCGAAAUUCUAAUGAUAUCGAUAACGACGAUAUUAUUGAAUUCGUGAAAUUAUUACCGAAAGUUAAGCUACUUGAUUUCCAAGGAUCUCCAAAAAUAACAUCUAAAGCAGCUGAUCUUCUGAGCGAUUACUGCAAGGAAAGUGGUCGAUCCAUUGAGAUCAAGUUUGGAGGUAGAUUAAGAAAUGAUGCGAUUUGGAUGGAUUUUAAUUCUUUUACAGAAAAUAUUGUCUUUGAACUCAAUUUUAUGGAUCAUUGUUUUAAUCAACCUUUUGAAAAGAUACCGAUCUUAAUGGUUUCUCGAUUGGCCAGUUGAUCUACCUGAUUACAAAACAAAAAUAUUGUUUUUAACGAGAAAUUUCGUAUUUAAUUGUGUUUAAUCAUUAAUAAUUACACACAAUGUAUAAACAAUUGCAGAGAACUCACUCAAUUUAAACUAGUUUUUUUAUUAAAUUUCUACGUUCUCUUAAA